CCAUGAAGUCUUGUAAAAAAAUAUUUACAAGAAGGGAAACAACUUAUUAAGACCACUAACAAAUACAGAAGCAAACUUUUCCAAAAUUCUUCGAUACGACAUGUCUGUGUGGUGAAUCUUUGGUAUUUCCAUGCGAGACUCUAAACAUUGGAACGACUGAGUGAAUGAAGACGAAAGAAAUAAUGUGUCAGGAACAAAAGCUGACCGAUUCCGUCAGCGGUAACUAGUCGAUCGAAUAUGGUUAGACAAUGGUAAUCGAUUCGAAAGGGAUCCACUGCGAGAGAGAACUGUGCUAAUUGUUUAUUAAUUUAUUUUCUUAAUUGUUUGUUAAUUAGAUGUUUUUAUUGUGUCUUUGUGACACCACGACACCAAAUCCGAAGACAAUGCCUUCGACAAAGAAACGGAGACCAGAAAACAUUGCCGUAAGAGUUGAUCUAACCAAAUUCUGAUGUUGUAUUCUUGAGGAAUUACCAAAUCCAUUUCUGUUUUCUUUUACCGACAUCCAAGAGGCUCGUUUGAAACUAAACCUAUGGGCAAUUUGAUUAAGAAAAUCUCCCCACCGUCUGCGAGUUACGAAGUUAUAUUACCUCCCUAUCAGAAACCAUGGCAACUUCUGUUUUCUGGAGAUAACCAUUCCUGGGACUCAGUAGCAAGUUCUUAUGGUUUCCAAAACUCUCGUCGCUACUGCUGCAGAGAUGUCGACUGUGAUGGAUCAGUUUGUUCACGUUAUGUACGUAUUCUCUUUCAGAAAGGAACCAAAAAUCUAGAGAUUAGGUACAAAUCAUUGAAAAUUUUAAUUUCCUGCAGUAAUAAAAGUGAACUUGCAGCUUUUGUGAAUGAUGACUACGAAAUCAGUAGCGUUGCCCUUUCCUGCCGGGACCAUCUCAUCCUUCUCAUACUCCACAGACAACAAGGAAUUGUAAACCAAUUUGCAUUUCCUAUUGUAGACAUACAACAAAAGAAGACCCUUGGCAUCAUGUUAUCUCCAAAGGAAAAUAUGACUAUUGUUAAUGGUGACAUCACACCCGACUGCUCUCGUACGGCUAUUCUUUUCUUCUCCUUUUCUGAAGUUAGUAAAACAUCAAGCUAUGAUUUGUAUAUAUAUUCUCACGAGACUUUUCAAGUCCUCAACAUCAUUACCCUGAAUCACGCUGUUCAACCAUACGUUGCCUUUGACCCUCGUUUCAGGUGGUCUCGUAUUGCUGUAGCCAACUACGAGUGUCGAGCAACCGGCGUCUGUAACGAACUUGUCACUUAUUCUUUAUCCGAAAUGGGAAUUGUUGUACGCAGCAACUUGUGUCUACCUGUUCUGUUUGGCAGCAGCCGCUUUCAUCUCUCCUACAGCAAAGACGGAACUCUACUUAUUGUUCAAAAACUUACUGACAACCGUUUUGGGGUCACAGCUUUCUCUGAUAUAUAUUUGUUUAACGCCGAUACAAUAACGUUACUUAAGUAUUUAACAUCGUGUCUUCCUGGUUUAAUAAGAAUAUGUCGUGUUAAUUACCAACUCGCAUUUUCCCGCUGUGGCAGCUACAUGAGGGUCCUUGAUCACAAACAGAGUUCCGAUGAAGUUAGUAUCCUUGUUUAUCAGAUGCCACGGAUCCUGAACUUACAAAGUCAAUGUCGAAUAGUCAUUCUCCAACAUCUUUCCAGAACUUGUGACGUUGAUAUUCUACCUUUACCUUCUGUUCUCAGACAAUACCUUAAAUUUCAGCCAAUUUUUCGGUGACACAUUUUCAUUCUACUCCUUGAUGCCUUCAGUAUUUAUUUAUAUUUUCUGACUCUUUCCAUUCAAUCAUUCUUCUUCAUCUUCUUCUUAUAAUAAUAAUUAUUAUUAUUAUCAUCAUCAAGGUGGAAAGCUAGCAAAAUCAUUAGCAAGACAGACAAGACACUUAGUGGCAUUUGUCCCAACUCUUUGCCUUCGGAGUUCUAAUUCUAAAUUCUAGUUAAGUGCUGGAGUCGAUGCAAUCAAAUUCCCCUUCCCCUCAGGAUUGCUGGCCUUGUGCUGAAAUUGGAAACACUUAUUAAGGCACCAAGCUGGCAGAAUCAUUAGUGUGUUGGAUAAAAUGCUAAGCAGCAUUUCUUCAAGUUCCUUACGUUCUAGUUUCAAAUCCUGCUGAGGUCAGCUUUGCUUUCUGUCCUUUUGGGGGGGUCAAUGAAAUAAGUACUCCUCAAGUACUGGGUUAAUGUACCUGAUCAGCCCCCCCCCCCCUGCUCCAAACACCAGACAAAAUGUUCAAUGGCAUUUCAUCUACAUUUUCAGGUCAACAUUGCCUUUAACCUUUCCGAUACCAACCCAGCUGAAAUUGCUUCUGGCUCUGUUGUACAAAUGUCUUGUUUUCAUAAGUUUUGAAUUAAAAUCUU